AUGUCGGUCCUGGAGAGCCACAUUCCUGCAGAGUUUCUCUCCAACCCUAAUGAAACACACCUGAACAAGCCAAUCAAGGACUGUGCUACUAGGAAGUCACAAACAGACAAUCCUUGUAAGUUGCACAUUGAACCAUCAGAGCUAAAAAAUCCACUCCAAGAGUCAGAAGAAUUCACUGUUCGCUGUUCCACAUUUGGUUCGUGCAAUUUACAUCCUGAAUGGCUCAUCUAUACAUCAGGACACAAGCAAGAAUGGAUUUCCUCUUUGUCAACUGAUAUGAUCACAGUGACUGAAGAGGAAGAAGGAGGCAGAAAGGUCACCAAAUUGAAGCUGCUCAAAGUGACAUGGAAAGAUGACAACAGGAUUCUGUCUUGUCGUCCAGCGAAGAGUGAGGACAGCUGCCAGAUCAGGAAUAUCACACUGUCUGUGGAAUAUGCACCUAAAGAGACAAAGGCAACCGUGAGCUCUGAAGAUGUAAAGGAGGGAGAUUCUGUCACUCUCUCCUGCACCAGCACAGGUCGCCCUGAUGUCAGCUUCAAGUGGUUCAAAAAAGAGAAAACAGAAAAAGUUCAACAAGUAUCUGACUUGACACUAAUUAGUGUGAAACCAGAAGACAGUGGAGAAUAUUAUUGUGAAGCUGAAAACAAGCAUGGAGCAAAGGAAUCAAAUACCAUUCAAAUUGAUGUGAAGUAUGGUCCACAAGGUGUCUCACUGCAACCUCUGGUCAGCGUUAAAGAUCUCACAGAGGGAGACAAACUGGCACUCAAGUGUUUAGUCCAGAAAGGUAACCCAACAGUCUAUACGUUUACAUGGUACAAAUAUCCCCAAGUCCAGAGUGAAACCAGUGAGACAUUCAUCAUCAGUAAAGUUACUGCAGAGGACAAAGGAUCUUACCAGUGCCGGGCUGAUAAUGGCAUAAAAACAGCUAAAUCAGAUGACCUCUGGGUUUCUGUAAUGCAUUCACCAAGAAACAUCAAAAUAAAGGGCGUGGCCUCUGUAAAAGUGGGCACUCCACUGACUUUGACGUGCUCUGCUGAUAGUGACCCUCCACCACACAUGUACACAUGGAAGCACAAACCUGGACUGUCUUCUGUCCCAUUAUCAAUGGAAACUGGACAGUUAUACAUUAAGAAAAUUACCAUUCAACAUGCAGGGCAGUACACUUGUGAUGUUACCAACACUAUUGGCACAGGAUCACACACCAUUAAAGUUGAUGUGCUUU